UGCGAGACGAAGGGCAAAUCAGAAAAUUUGGUAACAAGGCCUCAGCGGUCCAAGAGGCCGAUGAUACAUGGCCUUCGUUGCUGCCGUGGUAUCAAAUUUGAGCUUUCGCAGAGAAAUCACAAAUCCAAUCUGAGGUAAAAGAAAGGUUGAACAAUCAUGGGUAAGGACUCAAAACCAAAGGAUUCAGGUGGGAAGGGCAAGGGCAAACAGGCUGCUAGUGGAAGUGAUGAUGGUGCUUCGAAAGGCAAAGGAAAAGGCUCAAAGACAGAUGGACUUGGCACCUGCACCUAUGUCAAAGCAAGGCAUAUCUUAUGUGAGAAACAAGGGAAGAUUAAUGAAGCAUACAAAAAGCUGCAAGAUGGUUGGCUUAGUAAUGGGGAUAAAGUUCCACCAGCUGAGUUUGCAAAGCUAGCAGCAGAAUAUUCAGAAUGUCCAUCAGGGAAGAAGGGUGGAGACCUUGGAUGGUUUCCCCGUGGCAAAAUGGCUGGACCGUUUCAGGACGUUGCCUUUAGCACACCUAUUGGAGCUACUAGUGCACCAUUUAAAUCCACGCAUGGAUACCACAUUAUCUUGUCUGAAGGGAGAAAGAAUUGAUAGAACCUGGCUUUGAAAUGCGGGCUGUUGCGGAUUAGUCCAGGAAAUUUAAGUAAACAUGAUGUAUCUAUGUGUCUUUAAGACUUGGCCUGGUUGUCUUGACAGUUAAAGACAUAAUGGACUUUGUGAUGCUUUUGUCCUCAUAGAUUUUGGCAUUACAAGAUUUCCGUUGAUUUUAUAAUGAUAUACAGGCUGUUGGUUUUGGUUUUA